AUGGAUUUUUACAUUAUGUUUUUAGUCGGUAUGGGAAGUAAAGUUGUUAGUAUAAUCCGUACAAAAUACGUUAAAAAGGAUAGAUUGUCUACUAGUUUUGAUGGUUCUAUUUUCUCUGUUUCUGUUAGCUUGAAAAAAGCAUUGCUCCUCCUCUUGCCAUCAGAAUACGGUAAAGGAAAGGUUAAAAAGAAGAACAAGCGCCACUUAAAACCCCUGAAACAUUCCCAAGACGACGACGCAUUAAAGCCACAUCCACACCCAAAUCGACCCACACACUCAAGCAUUCGCUCUCUCUCUAUGGCUGUGUCUGAUGCUGUGGUGAGUAACCUAACGGUGCUCUAUGUGGCGGUGAUCGCCUGCAUCAAGGCGUAUGGCUUCGUGUGCGGACGGAGCUUUGGCGGCGCCUUCGUCCUGCUCGUUUCCACUGCCACCGUCGCACUCAUUCUCGUCGCCACGCUCACCUGGGACGUCUCUCGUAAGGCCACCUACGCCUUCGCCCCCGAUCACCCUCCACCGCCAUAUCCACCGCCGCAUCACGCGCACGAGCCCUGCAAGGGCGGCAUCUGCUGGCACGGCGUAGCCGUGCGCUCCCCGGCCUCUCAGGUUCGCUUCCGACUCCCACCGAAUCUCCCUCACACAACUUUGUAA